UUCCUCUGCAUGUUUUCUAUAUCACUGGCAGAGCCUAUAGUUGGAAAGGGGACAGAGUGACUACUGGACUUUGUAUGAAAACACCAACCGGGACAGACCUUCAGUCAAGGCUGAGACAGGGUUGGGGGUAUAUAACUUGUCCUUGCCUUAAACUUGGAACAUGGCUGGCUCUGGGACAGAAGCAAGGGCUAGAGAAAAGGCUGAGGCUGGCCUGAAAGAUGGAAUCAGUGGUCCUGCUGCUGCUAGAGUGAGUGGUGAAACACAGGUCAAGGCAGUGGCUGAGGCAAAACUGAAAACAGAAUCAGUGACCCAGGCCAAAGCUGGUGAUGGAGCAAUGGCCAGGACACAUACAGUGACCUACACUGUGGCUAUGGCUGUGACAAGGGAAGAGAGCAGGAUGGAAGAUACAACUAAGACUAGAGUCGUGGUUGAGACUAAGGCAAAACCCCUGGCAGAACACAGUAUAGUGCCACAAGCCAAGUCAAAGGCCAUGCCUAUGUCUAGGGUCACUGCUGUAACCAAGUCUGAAGUCAAGGUUGUUGCUGUCAGUGAGGCAAAUAUCAGGUCCUAUACCAAGUCACAUGAUAAGGCCAAUACUGGGUCCAGACCUGACAGAAGGGAAGAGUCCAGCAUCAAGGCCAAGGCUGGGGACAAAGCUGGCAUUGGGAUGAAAUCCAGUGAUGAGGAUGAAGAAAAUAUCUGCUCUUGGUUCUGGACUGGAGAAGAACCUAGUGUAGGGUCCUGGUUCUGGCCUGAAGAAGAGACCUCUCCUCAAGUUUAUAAUCCCCUACCUAAGAUCCAGGAAAAGCCCAAACCCACACCUAAACCCAUGCUUGCUAUAAAACAAAAGGCAAUAGCAUGGUCAAGGGCCAGGUAUAUUGUCCUAGUCCCAAUUGAGGGAGGAGAGCAAUCCUUGCCUCCAGAAGGAAACUGGACCCUGGUUGAGACCUUGAUUGAAACUCCUCUGGGGAUUCGACCUCUGACCAAGAUCCCACCUUAUCAUGGGCCUUAUUUCCAGACCUUAGCUGAGAUCAAAAAACAGAUUAAGCAAAGGGAAAAGUAUGGGCCCAAUCCAAAGGCCUGCCGCUGCAAAUCACAUGCAUUUAGUUUGGAGCCUAAAGAGUUUGAUAAACUUGUUGCCCUCCUUAAGUUAACUAAGGAUCCUUUCAUUCAUCAAAUAGCUACCAUGAUAAUGGGCAUCAGUCCUGCUUAUCCAUUUACGCAAGAUAUAAUUCAUGAUGUAGGUAUUACUGUUAUGAUUGAAAACUUGGUCAAUAAUCCCAAUGUUAAAGAACACCCUAGAGCUUUAAGUAUGGCGGAUGACAGCUCUGAGUCUUCGGAAGAACCAAAAGCAGAAGAGUCAUAUAUACACCAAGUUUGUAAAGACAUAGUCUCUUGCCCCUUGAACUCCCCUGUGCAACUGGCUGGACUGAAAUUACUAGGGCACUUGAGCGUAAAAUUUGAAAAUCACUAUGUGAUUACCAGUUAUAUUCCAGAUUUCCUCACCUUGUUAAACAAGGGAAGUGUCAAAACCAAGUUUUAUGUUUUAAAAGUGUUUUUGUGUUUGUCUAAAAAUCAAGCCAAUACAAGAGAAUUGGUCAGUGCCAAAGUCCUGUCAUCAUUGGUUGCACCCUUUAACAAGAAUGAGUCAAAGGCCAAUAUUCUUAAUAUUAUUGAAAUAUUUGAGAAUAUAAAUUUUCAGUUCAAAACAAAGGCAAAGCUAUUUACCAAAGAAAAGUUCACUAAAUCUGAGCUUAUUUCAAUAUUCCAGGAAGCAAAACAGUUUGGUCAGAAACUCCAAGACUUAGCAGAGCACAGUGAUCCUGAAGUGAGAGAUAAAGUCAUAAGAUUAAUACUCAAACUCUGAACACCCUUCUGUUUUUAUAAAGCCUCAAACAGUUUUUUGGAGUUGCAAUAUGAAAACAAUACAUAUUAUAAUUAUAAAUUCAAUACUUAUGUCUCCCAUGUUGAUUGAGGGAGAAUACCAAUUAAUCUCGAGAUCCUGAAACGUGCUGAUUUUUAUUGUGCUAUAUAAUAUAAAUUGAGAUUAUUUUUAGUAUUUCUGCAACAUGACUUGAUAAUUAAUCUAUUCAUCCUAAGCUAUACUUCUGUGCUUUAUAUUGAUAUAAGUGUAUUCUUUUGAGAUUUUAUUUCCAUGUUGUUAAUAAAGUUGCAUGCUAAAACUGGUGAAAA